UCUCUCUCUCUCUCUCUUUCCUUCUCUCCCCUCCUCCUCCCCCUUAGCCAACCGUCACUCCUGUCGACGCAAAAGCGCCACGAUGGGCAAGUGGACCGACAAGAAUUACAUCACUGCCUCCGAGUGGCAGCGGGACUUUCACGGCGCCAAGAAGCUCUCCUCGACCCGCGAGAGCGAGGCGGCCGAGCGGCCACUUCCCUUUGGCUGCUGUUCGCUGAGCUUGCGCCCGGUGGACGGGAUUCCGGCCAACACGGUGUGCACGCCACAGGGGGAUAUCUUCGAGCGUCGCCUCAUCCUGCGAUUCAUUCGCCAGCAUGGACGCAACCCCGUCUGUGGGAGCCCCCUGCAUCCCAAUCAGCUGCACCCGCUGAGCCUACACCGAGUGGCCCUGUCAUCGGCCCCGUUGGCGGCCAUCCAGACAUCCACGUCGCAAGUGCGCGAUGAGGGGGCCCGCAUCGAGGGGGUUUUUGGUGACCCGGUUGUGGAGAAGUCUUUCACCGCCGGGUCGACCAUUGUGGCGGUGGUGUGCGGCCUGUCCGCCAGCUCCCCCUCUGGCGGUCGGUCCGAAAAGCAGCAAGUUCGCCGUGCCAUGGAGGCGGCGGCGGCCGAGCUGGCCGCCGAGAAGGCCGCGAUGGAGGGUGCUCCCGAAGGGGCCGCCCUGCCGGAGCGUGCCACCGCCGCCACCUCGGCCUGGGCAUAUGAUCGGGCUACGCUGGAGGAUCUGUGCAUUCGGAAUAGCAGCUGGCGCGACCCGCAAACCGAUCGGGCCUUCACCCGCGGGGAUAUGGUGCUCCUGCAGCAGGGGUCCACGACGGCCAGCUACUCGGACGCGGCGGCUCGGCUGACUCGGGCCGCGCCGGUGGCCAUGUCCCACGGCGCCGGCUCUUCUGACGAUUCGGAUGACGAGCCGGCUCCUGAGCCUGCGCCUGUGGACAUUCUCACGCGGAAGUUCCCGGCGCGCUUCUGGUGGCGCCAGGAGAAAGUUCCCUUCCAGUUGCUGAUUGAUGACGAUGAUGACCCGGAGAGCGCCUUCAUCAACAAGGCCAUCAUCCCGGAGAAGAUUCGUGCGAUCACCGCGCGCGACCGGGUGCUCCCGAGUGUUGGUUCGAUUCCCGGCGGCAAGUCGGUCACCCCCUCCUUUGUCAAGCCCACAGACCACGGCCACACGGCGGCACACUUCACCACCGGUGGCCAGGGCGCCUCGCUGACGUCGACAUCCGUCGCCCCUCAAACCGAGGAGGUCCGCGUUCACUGGAACGCCGACGACGUGAUGUACGACAAGAUCCGUGAUCCCGGGCUGGUUGAUGUGCAUGUCGAGGGCCAUGGGGUCUUGCGCAUCGAGCUCCUCGCGCGAUAUGCCCCGAUGACCUGCCACAAUUUCAUCCUCCUGGCCAAGGCCGGCAAGUAUGAUGGGGUUGGCUUCCACCGGUUGAUCCGCAACUUCAUGAUCCAAGGCGGCGACCCGACCGGCACCGGCCAGGGCGGCGAGUCGGCCUGGGGGCCGGAUGUCAAAGUGCGCGAUGAGUACCAUCGGGCUUCGCACUUGUCGCACAAUGAGCGCGGUCUCCUGUCCAUGGCCCACCCGCCGGGGGAGAAGGAUGCCGGCACAUCGCAGUUCUUCAUCACCCUCAGCUCGGCCUGCACGCACUUGGACCGGAAGCAUACCAUCUUCGGCCGGGUGCUGGCCGGUUACCUGGUCGAUGAGCAUGGGGUCCGAACCAGUCCCGAUGUCCCGGGCGGCGGGUCCGUCCUGCAGACAAUGGAGCGCGUGGCCACCGACAAGCGCGAUCGGCCGACCGAAGCGAUUGUCAUGCGCCGGGUGGUCGUUCGCCGGGAUCCCUUCGAGGAGUUCCAAACACGCCAUCGUGAGCAGGAGCAGCAGAAGGCCCGCGCCAAGGAGGAGCAGGAGCGGAUGGAGCGCAAUCGAAAGCGCGUGCGCCCGGAGGCGCGCCCAGGUGCCACGGCCCAAACAAUUGGCCGCUUCAUCAGUGCGGCCACGGCCAAGUCCCUGCGCGUUCUGCCGGGAGGCGGGUCGGCCUCCGGGACGGCGACCCUUGUCCGGCCGCCGUCGGAUGGCUUUGUCGAGCCGAGCCAGGCCCCAGCCAAAAAGCCUCGGUCCGGCCUGUCUGGCUUGUCAGACUUUUCCUCCUGGUAGGGUCCCAGCGUGCCUGCCCCCCCUUGCCGUCCGUGCGCGUGGGACCCCCUCCCCCUUCUUCUGUCCUCCUCCCUUCCCUCUUGCCUUUUUCUCUCCCUCCCAACCAAUGCACCAAUAUCCUGAGAAGGCCUCUUCCGUGUAUAGGGCGUGCCGGCCUUUCUAGACGCACACACACACACACACACA